AUGGGUGAUAACAUGUUCCGUGGUUCAAUUCCUACAACAUUCGCCUCUUUGAAAAGUCUUUCAGAAGUUGAUCUUUCAAAGAACAAUCUUUCUGGCAUCAUCCCUGAAUUUUUUUCUACCUUUCCCAUGAUAUACCUGAACCUAUCUUACAAUAAUUUUGAGGGAACUGUUCCAACUAAAGGAGUAUUUGCGAAUACAAGUGCAAUAAAAGUGGAUGGCAAUAGUAGGCUCUGUGGUGGAAUUUUGGAGCUGCAUCUACCAAGAUGUGUGGAGAAAAAAGGGAAGAAAAGAAGAAUGCUUCUCAAGCUGACAUUAAUGAUAAUAUGUGCUUUUGUUGGGCUAUCAGUCAUGGCCACAUGCAUAUGGCUCUACCUGAAACGUCAUAACAAAAAAGGGAAAUCUACCUCAUUCGAUGCACUACGGAAGGAGCCAUUCUUGAAAGUGUCCUACGAUAUGCUGCUCAAAGCAACUGAUGGAUUUUCUUCAAGUAAUCUACUUGGCUCGGGUACUUUUGGGUCUGUGUUUAAAGGGAUGCUUGAUGGAAAGACGGUUGCCAUUAAAGUACUCAACUUGCAACAAAGAGGUGGGUCUAGGAGUUUCAUGGUAGAGUGUGAGACAUUGAGGAAUAUCCGUCAUCGUAAUCUGGUUGGGAUACUAACAGCAUGCUCAAGUAUGGAUUUCCAGAGAAACGAUUUCAAAGCUCUUGUUUACGAGUUCAUGCCCAAUUUAAACUUUCACAAUGGAAGUGUUGAGAGAUGGCUACACGAAGAUGGAAAUAUGAGCCUUCUCCAAAGGUUGGAUAUAGCCAUUGAUGUGGCCCAUGCAAUAAAUUAUCUUCAUUAUGAGUGUGGAAGCCAGAUUGUGCACUGCGAUCUAAAACCGAGCAACAUAUUGCUUGACGAUGACAUGGUUGCCCGUGUAGCAGAUUUUGGGUUAGCAAAAAUUCUUGAUCUUCCCAUGCAUCUAAAUCAAAGCAGUUCAAUUGGCAUUAAGGGAACUGUUGGCUAUGCUGCUCCAGAGUAUGGCUUGGGAAAUGAAGCAUCUCUUGAGGCUGAUCUCUACAGCUAUGGAAUUCUACUUCUUGAGCUAAUGACAAGAAAGAGACCCAUCAACGAUAUGUUUAAUGACGACUUCAACCUCCUUAUGUACGGAAAGGCAGCAUUACCAGAUCAAGUGUUGCAGAUUGUUGACUCAACACUUUUGGAGGAAGAAAGUGAUGAAGCAGAUGAAACAAGACCACGAACUCUAGUGGUACUUCAAAAACGAGAGGAGUGCAUGGUGUCUGUCAUUAAGAUUGGAGUUGCUUGCUCAAGUCAACAUCCACAUGAUCGAAUGAAGAUAAGGGAAGCUAUAAGCGAGCUAUAUCAUGCAAGAAACAUCCUUUGCAAACCAAGAGGGGCAACUUAAUGAGCAUUACAUGAGAUGAUUGUCCUCGCAUUCCUAAAUCCAUAGCAAGCCAAAGAAGCUAGCAUCUUGUUACUCUAGAGGUGUCUUGCGCAUGAUUAUAAAAGAAAUGAUACUUUUUUUUUUUUUUUUUUU